UGAAUCCUCUGGGGCAGGCAGCAAAGCCUGCUGGAGUGGUUCGAAAGUAAAAGAAACCUUCUUCCAGGAGGCGUUUCCAACCCCACCCCUUUCCUCUCUGCCGGGUUUCCAGAGUUUUUUUUUUUUUUUUUUUUUUUUUCUCUCAAGUGCCAGGAAGCAGCCUCAGGAAUCAGGACUUGUGAAGUUAGGCAGUCUAGGGGUCUUGGCCUCGGGAACUUGGUGACUGUGAGGUUGCCGGGACGGGGUGGAGCAGGCCCCAGACUGUGGUGAGGACCCCAGGAUUUGUCUCCUUGAUGGGCCAGGAGAGAAGAGGCCUGUGAAGCGGCUGCCACGGUGAGGAUCCCAGGAUUUGCCUCCGGUUACAACUACAUCCUCCUAACGCUUGAGCAGCAUGAAUUUCAACAGAUGUCUCUAUAAUAUUGGGGAACAUUUGGACAGUGAUGACCUGGCUUCCCUCAAGUUCCUGAGCCUGGACUACAUCCCACAUAGGAAGCAGGAACCCAUCAAAGAUGCUCUGAUGUUAUUCCAGAGGCUCCAAGAGAAGAGAAUGUUGGAGGAAAGCAACUUGUCCUUCUUGAAGGAACUGCUUUUCCGAAUGAAUAGACUGGAUCUUCUGAUCAAUUACCUGGAAACCAAUGAGGAGGAGAUGGAGAGUGAGCUUCGGAUACCAGGCAGGGCCCAGAUCUCUGCCUACAGGGUCAUGCUUUUUCAGAUUUCCGAAAAUGUGACCAGGUCGGAAUUGAAGGACUUUAAGUUUUUUUUGAGUCAGGAGAUUGCCAAAUGUAAACUGGAUGAUGACAUGACCUUGCUUGAUAUGUUUAUAGAGAUGGAGAAGAGGGCCAUCCUAGGGGAAAGAAAUUUGGAGACUCUGAAAAGAAUCUGUGAACAAAUCAACAAGGCCCUGCUGAAGAAAAUCUGUGAUUAUGAAGAAUUAAACAAAGAUCGAAGAAUGAGCCUUGAAAGUGCUUCGGAUGAAUUUUCAAAUGAUAUGUCUCAACUGGUGAUCCAGGAGGGGUCCCUGGGAGAGCUGGCCAUGUCGGACUGUCUGGGAGAACAGGACAGUGAAUCAGAGGCAUCAGAAGCGGUUUACCGAAUGAAAAGCAAGCCUCGGGGAUACUGUUUGAUCUUCAACAAUUAUGAUUUUAGUGUAGCACGGAAGAAUAUAGCCAGACUUCACAACAUUAAGGAUAGAAAUGGAACAGACUUGGAUGCAGCGGCUCUGAGCAAGACCUUUAGUGAUCUUCAUUUUGAAGUAAUACCUUACAAAGACGUCACAGCAAAGGGAAUCUGUGAUGUUCUGGAAUACUACCGAAACUUGGACCAUAAUGACAAAGACUGCUUUGUCUGCUGCAUCCUCUCCCAUGGAGACAAGGGCAUCAUCUACGGCUCCGAUGGGAGGGAAGCCCCCAUCUAUGAUCUGACCUCUUAUUUCACUGGUUCGAAGUGCCCUUCCCUUCUUGGUAAACCCAAAAUUUUUUUUAUUCAGGCUUGUCAAGGGGAUAAAUACCAGAAAGGUAUAGCUAUUGAGACAGACUCAGAACAGACAGAAGCCUAUUUAGAAAUGGAUUCAUCACUUCAGAAGAGAUAUAUCCCAGACGAGGCGGACUUCCUGCUGGGGAUGGCCACUGUGAACAACUGUGUUUCUUACCGAAGCACCAUGGAGGGGACCUGGUAUAUCCAAUCACUGUGCCAGAGCCUGAAAGAAAGAUGUCCCAGGGGUGAAGAUAUUCUUACCAUCCUCACCAAGGUGAACUUUGAAGUAAGCAAUAAGGAUGAUAAGAAGAACAUGGGCAAACAGAUGCCACAACCUACUUUCACCCUGAGAAAAAAACUCUUCUUUCCUCUUAAUUAAUGCUAUUGUUUGAUUGCAUAACACUAUGCUUAAUUUAUUGAAGGGCUGCUAUUUUCCCUAUUUUGGUGGGUGGGAUAGAUUGAAGGAGUAGGGCCGGAGUCAUUUUUAUGCAAAUUCAAAGCUAAAUCUUUGACUUUUCAAUAGCUAGGCUGUAACAGCUACAGGCAUGAUUUGAAUUAUUUUUAAUUCGAUGAAAAAGUUUAAAAAUAAACUAGUAGAUACAAACAGUUAUAUUUUAAAAGAUAAAAAGUUUAAAGAAAUGUAACAUCACAAAGGAUCAAAAACAGCGGAUGAAUGUUCUUCCCACAUCUUUCAUCUACCUUCAGCCCAGAAUAAUUCAGUUGAAUUCUCUUCAAACUGUUAACUA